AUGAUGACAAUGACAUUUAGAGGUAAAUAAAACAAAUGAGAAUUUCUUGAAUAUUUUUUUAAAAAUUGAAAUUUUUGUUCGUUCGGAACAUUAUUUAUAAUGCACGAAGCUUAUCAAAAUCAUUCUCUUAUUAAACUAAAUCAUCAAAUAGAAUCCAUCGCUGCCCACGAUGACACUCUGUUGGUGGGUACUCGACAAGGACACCUUUUUAUGUACAAAUUAGAAAACAACUCUAAAUGCGAACUAACAUUGAUGCGAUACAACAAAUCGUUUAGUAAAAAACCAAUACAACAGUUGUGUAUAAUUCCAGACCAGAACUUGCUUGUCAGUCUUACAGAUAACUUGAUCCAAUUACAUGAUAUCAAUGCAAUUAAUUUUACCACACUGCAUCAAAUACCAGAAAGCAAAGGAGCAACGUAUUUUACUGUUAAUCCACAAAAAAUUGUUUCAACCACAGGCGACACCCAUGUAUUAAUAUCUUUAGCCGUUGCAGUUAAGCGUAAAAUUCAAUUGUAUUAUUUAAAGAAAAAUGAAUUUCACUCUUUUGGUAAAGAUAUAUUGUUAAAUGAUAUUCCUAAGUCAAUGGCAUGGUGCCAGGAUGUAAUAUGUGUUGGGUAUCGUGAUGAAUACGCUCUAUUAAAAGUGAAGGAAAAUGGGAAACAAACUGAUCUUUUUCCUACUAGUAGUACAAAGUCGGCAGAUCCAUGUAUUUUACAGAUAUCCGACUCCCAUUUUGCAUUAUGUCGAGAAAAUCAAACGGUUCUUGUCAAUACGGAGGGAGAGACUGAAAAAAACAAAACUUUGAAAUGGUCUGCGAUACCUACCUACUUAGCACAUGAUGAACCUUACACACUAGGAGUUCUUACUGAUUGUAUUGAAGUCUGUACUCUGGAACCCAGUAUAACAAUUCAAACAUUGCCAGACAUGCCCAAAGUAAGAUUUCUUGUACAGGCAAGUUCGGGUGUAUUGUUUGCAGCGUCUUUAUCCCAAGUAUGGUGCGUUAAAGCGAUAGAUGUUGCCAAACAGCGUGAGAUUCUAGUUAAUUCCAAGGAAUUUCAGUUGGCUUUAAAAUUAACUCAAAUCUCAAAUGAAUCGGAAGAGGAAAAACAGGCUAAAAUACACAAUAUUCAAACACUUUUAGCUUAUGAUUUGUUUGCUAAGAAACAGUUCCAUGAAAGUAUGAAUGAAUUUUUAAAAUUGGAGACCGACGCUUUUGAUGUUAUCCGGUUAUUUCCUGAUUUAUUACCGCAAGGUCAGCAAGAUGAAUAUCCCGACUCUUCUAAAGAUUUAACAGAUAAAGAACUGGAAGAUAGUCGUUUAGCAUUGAUAGAAUAUCUAACGGAAAUGAGACACAGAUUGCAAGAUACAAAGGGUUUAUCAAACGCACGAGGAAAUUUAAGCGAAAAAUCCAGCAAAUCUACUGACCAUUUGCUUCAAAUUAUCGAUACGACUUUGCUGAAAUGUUAUUUACAAACUAACGACACUCUGGUGGCUCCGUUGAUUCGCUUGAAUCACUGUCAUUUUGCGGAGACUGAAAAAAUACUGAAGAAAAAAGGUCGCCAUAAGGAACUAAUCAUUUUGUAUCAAACUAAAGGUCAACACAGAAGAGCACUGGAGCUCUUACAAUCCGAAAACGACAUCGACAAAACCGUAACUUAUUUGCAUCAUUUAGGCUCAGAAAAUAUGGGCCUAAUUUUGGAAUUUUCUGAGUGGGUUUUGAACGCGGCUCCUGAGGAAGGUUUGAAGAUUUUUACCGAAGAUAUUCCUGAAGUUGAAAAUCUACCUAGGCCAAGAAUUUUGGACACCUUGUUGAAAUCGCACAAGGAAUUGGCGAUUCCUUAUUUAGAGUACGUCAUUCAGAAAGACGACAAUCCCUUUUUCCACAAUGCUUUGGUGCACCAAUACAGAGAAAAGAUUUUGAAAGAUGGAGUGGAACAGUCCGAGCCUAUAAGAGUAAAGUUACUGGAAUUUUUACAGCAGAGCACACAGUACACUGCGGAAAAUGUUUUAAGAGAUUUCCCAGUGGAUUGUUUGAUCGAGGAACGUGCGAUCAUUGUUGGACGAUUGGGUAAACACGAUCAAGCUGUAGCGUUGUAUGUUCGAGCUUUGGGCGACUUAGAGAAGGCUAAAGACUAUUGCAAGCGGGUAUACGAUAGUGGUAUAUCUGGAAGUCAGCAGGUAUAUGUUUACUUAAUUAACAUCAUCCUUAAACCGGACAGCUUUCCGUUGAGUCUGCCCGGAAUAACUUUGUCCCCGAAAACCGCGCAACCCGACUUGGAACUCGCUCUGCAAUUACUGGAAGAGAACGCUUCGAAAAUCAACCCCAUCGACAUAUUGACCAUCUUACCUGACGACAUUCCCGUGUCAAGACUGCACAAAUUUUUACUGGUCGCUCUCCAGAAAGUUGUACAAGAAGAACGACGUGUACAAUUACUGAAAGGAUUGCUGUAUGCUGAGCAUUUGCAGUGCCAAGAACUGAAACUAAAUUUGCAAAAUCAACGAAUUUUAGUUACUGAGUUGAACGUUUGUCCAGUGUGUAAGAAACGUUUUGGAAACCAAAGUACUCUCGUUAGAUAUCCAAAUGGGGAUGUAGUGCAUUAUUCGUGUCAUGAGAAGAAUUAACACAAUAAGAUUAUGCUUAAAAGUACAUAUUUGUUAUGAUAAGAUGAAAAUUUGCACUUCUUUUAUUUGAGUGUAAUUAACCAUUAUAAUAGGUAUCUAGGUAAUUUAUACGUACAUAUAGUCGUUCUCACCUAACUUUUCCUGCGUUUGACAUUUGACAUCGUGUAUAGUAAUGUUUAGGCUCAAAUGAAAAUAUUUAGGCAGUUGAUACAAAUGUCUGCGGAGGUAGACUCUGCAUUAAAAUUUCUAUUAUUUUAUAACCCUUAUCUAUCUUUCUUGCUAUUUUACUAUUUUUUAUUGAGUCCAUUUUAACAGCAUUUAAAAGAAUAAUAAUUUAAAUAUAAAUUGUUUAAAUAAUUAACAUUAUAUCAUCUCUUAAUUAAUUUGAAAUAAUUCGUCUGUUUUGAAUGCUUUGACGUAUCGUGUUCCGCCAUAUUGGGAAAAGUUACCUGAGACGAACUAUAUAAUAUGGGCCUUUUAUGUUUAUAGGUAUUUUUACUAUCAAAAAUAAUAUUUAUACUGUGAUAUAUAAUUAAUUAAUUAAUUCUAUUUAUUAUUAAGUACAUUAAUAUAUAAGUUAAUAUUUGUGCAUUGUAUGCAUCCCAUUGUAAAACGAUGCAACUAAAAAAAAUAUGAAUAGAAAUAUACCGUGAAUUACCUAAAUAUGCUUAAG